AUGGACGAGGAAGAACAAAACGAAGCCGACUUGAAACGAAGGAUAUGGAUCGAGUCGAAAAAGAUAUGGAAGGUUGCAUUUCCUGCCACUAUAUCGAAAUUUUUUGCAUUCGGGACCCUUGUUGUCACUCAGUCAUUUAUCGGACAUAUAAGUGGGAUAGAUCUUGCCGGAUAUGCGCUUGUUCAAUCGCUCAUCGUUCGAUUUAUCAACGGAAUACUUUUGGGAAUGUCGAGUGCAACGAAUACCCUUUGUGGACAAGCAUUCGGAGCCGGACAAAACCAUAUGAUGGGGAUUUACUUGCAACGGUCAUGGAUCAUCGAGUUGAUUACUUUGACCAUCUUGCUCCCGAUCUUCAUCUUUGGUACUCGAAUCUACAAACUUGUCGGCCAGGAAGAAUCGGUGGCAAAUAGUGGCGGAUACAUAUCGUUAUGGUUCAUUCCCUUCGUCUACAGCUAUGUCUUCAGCUUGACUAUCCAAGUGUUUCUACAAGCACAAUUAAAGAACAUGAUUAUCGCAUGGCUUUCGGCGUUUCACUUUGCGAUCCAUAUACCUGUAUCGCUGCUUUUCGUGUAUACACUGAACACGGGGGUCGCGGGUGCGAUGAUUGCACUCUCGUUGUCUUCGUGGUUUCUUGUGAUCAGCGAAUUUGUUUACGUUUUUGGAGGGUGGUGUCCACAUUCAUGGAAAGGAUUCAAAGUUUCAGCAUUUAAGGAUCUGAUGCCUGCUGCCAAGCUCUCAAUCUCUUCUGGUGUGAUGCUCUGCUUGGAGUUAUGGUACUAUGCUAUUCUAGUUUUACUUGCUGGAUACAUGGAAGAUGCCAAGACCAAGAUAUCCGCCAUCUCCAUUUGCCUGAACAUUAAUGCAUGGGAGUUCAUGAUCAGCAUCGGUUUCCUAGUUGCUGCAUGUGUUCGGGUGGCGAAUGAGUUAGGAAGUGGAAACGUGAAAGCAAUAAAGUUUUCAAUAAAAGUGUUGUUGGGGACUUCCAUGGCGAUUGGCGUGUUCUUCUUUGUUCUUUGUUUGGCGUUCGGCGAAAAACUUGCAUACGCGUUUACAGAUGAUGAUAGGGUUGCAGAUACAGUAUCGGAUCUUUCUUUGCUUCUCGCUUUUACGAUUUUUUUGAACGGUAUCUAUUCGGUUCUCUCAGGGGUAGCAAUUGGAGCUGGUAUACAGGGUGUUGUAUCGAUUAUUAACCUUGUUUGCUUUUACGUGAUUGGUAUCCCAUUGGGAGGUUUGCUCGGAUAUUUGACGACUCUUAAAGUUAAGGGUAUAUGGGUUGGUAUGAUUUUUGGCGUCUUAACACAAAUAAUUACAGUUGGUUACAUAACGUGGAGAACAGACUGGGAUGGUCAGGUGAAGAAGGCUUCCGAACGUCUCGAGAGAUUUUACUUGCAUUCAGAAGAAAAUCCCGAGCAAAUUUCUAAUGAGUCAUGAUCGCGAAAGCCAACAUGGAUCAGUCUGUUU